AUGUCUCGAGCACAACCGCAAUGGCGCGAUAUUGAUCCAAUGACGAUAUUCUACCUCCCAGCUGUCAAAAAGCAGGGCGAGUGCAUAAUCGAGCUUUCAAAUUUUACAUUUCUUUCCUUCAUUCCCAACCGGAAUAAAAAGGCAUUCCGAUACCGUGGUUAG